AUGGCACAACGACAGUCUGCCCGUGUGGGACAGAUGUCGAACAUUGAUGGUCCUCCUCCUGCUAGCAAGGUUCAGCAUGCACCGCAAGAGACAACAGCCCCUACAGCAAGAUUACCACGAGCAGCCAAACAAGCUCUGAUGGACAAUCGUCCUUGGGUUCCAAAGAAGUCGCGCCAGGGCACGGCCAACAAAUCUGCAUCCAGUACAAAUAUUCCGGCGGGCAAGUCAUUAAACACCUCUCAAGCUGGCACUGCAGACUCAGAAGAGACUGAGAAAGUCAAGGUGAAGGGCAAAGUUGACAAGCGCAAGCGCAAGCGUGCUGCCUCUGCUGCUGACCAAGAAGCCACUCCUGGUGUCAAAGAGCGUAAGAAAAUCAGAGUCGUGAAGCCCUCAAAGACCGCCGCCAAAUAUCGUCCUGCCUGCAUUGACGACAGUGACUCAGAUGUCGCAGUGCCACUUGUGACCACACAGCACCAGGCAAGCCAAGGUGUCAGUACACAAGUCGAAGAAUCAGACAUGAGCGAAGGACUUGAUGAGAAUGGUGAAGAUCGAUCUCUCAACAUCGGUAGCGAGGAGUUGGAGGAUGGCGAAGGUGAAUACCGUGAGGAACACGGUGGAGUGCAUGACCUGUCCAGAGAAAAGGUGGGAUGGGCUAUCAGCCGUGCACUUGACCAUGUCAAUAACCUGCCACAGAGCCCCUUGCCUUUGUCAGACCUUCCGAGGACUUCAAGCCACCCUCCUACGACUGAUGACGAUAGCUUCAAAUCUGAGUCUCCUGUUGAACUGGAUGACGACGAGGAGCCUCCCCAAUCUGUUGUAGAUCAGAACAAGUCCGUAGGCUUCAAGUGGACCCGCCGCAAUCAGGUUAUCGACGAGUCAUCAGACUCAGAACUUGAAGCCUCUGCUAUGGUAACGAUGGCUGUGAAACCAAAGAGGCAGAGUCAGCGUGUGAAGAAACUUGCUGAAGAGCUGCCAACGAUACAUGACAGGAAAACAAAGGGCAUGCAAGUACUCCAAGCCAAGGCAGCAAAGACGUCAGUGGUGGUGAAGGCGGAACGUCCUUUAUCUCCUGGACUGGUCACCCAUGACGAUGUUGGUUCAGAGCGUCCAGUGGCAGAUUCCAAUACUCAGCCUUGGCUGGAGCGAAGCAAUGUCAAGAUUUAUUUUGCUGGCAAGGUUGCGAAGAUUUCUCUCAAGGCGCAAAAUCCGGAGAUCAGAGCUGUAAUGCAGCGCAGCUUUAGUGUCGGUUGUCUGCAGGUGGUGUUUGGGCGCGAAGAGGACUUCACGCUGACUUCAGAGACUCUGGGUGAUCUUAUCACUCCUGUUGCUACUGGUGGUGUUGAACGGAUUGCUCUCGACGCGCUGAUCACCUCUGCAGACAUGUUGGGAUAUAAUGGCGAGAACGACAUUGCCCAUCGCUUGGAGGACGGUGCAAUUGAUUGCUACGUCACGCCGCUGACAUCCUAUAGUGCGCACCGUUUGGCACUGUUUCGUGCAGCAGUGAAGAAGGCCGCUGUUGGUGUAGCCAUCGUGUCUCUGAACCUUGUCAAGAAUACCUCUGAGGACAACGGUGAACUGCUACGCAAGUACAACUACAUUUUCCCCAAAACUCCUGAGAAGGCCUUUGAUAGGUCGAAGCCCUUCCAGAAUGAUGUCAUCAUUGAUAUUAUCCGCGCCGCCUACUUCACGACUGGUCAAUACACGAAUCUUGGCCUUGAGUUCCCGGAGAAGUUCAGGUCGUCACUGACCACUCUGCAGGAUGAGCUAGAGGUCCCACCCAGCAUGGCAGCAUUGGCGGCGACUGCGGCUGAAGCGGUUAUUCAAGAUUUCAAUCUCAAGCAGAUCAAGGGCAUGGACUUCGUCAGCAAGGCUCUCGAUAACACUUACAAGGACCAUAUGUACUUGCUGGUCGAGAUGCGCCGCAGGAAGCCGAGGUCUUAUCACAAGCUGAUGCACCAUCUCUUCGUGGCGGCAACCGGCAAUCAACUGAUGAAUACUCAUGGAAGGCCAAAAGAUCAGCUACUCGCGGAGGUGGAGUGGGACAACAUGGUUGAGUCGGACUGA